CCUCUUCUUCAAUGGCGAUUCUCAGGUUUAGCUCUCUGCUUCGAUGCAGAAAAUGGGCUAAAAGCGAUUGGCUUGUCGCUUCCAUUGGAUGCGUCUUGAUCGUAUUCUUCCUCUCUUUCUUCUUUGAUACCACUUCAGAUUCCGUCCCCUCCGUUGACCGAUCUCCUCCCGUCGCAUCCCCAAACGUUCUGGUCAAACUGAAGCUGUCAAGUAAAGCACAAGAGAGAGGAGCCUUUUGCUUGGAUGGAAGCUUGCCUGGGUACCAUUUUCAUAGGGGUUCGGGAUCUGGCUCAAAUAGCUGGCUUCUUCACUUGGAGGGUGGAGGCUGGUGCAAUACAAUAGCGUCAUGUUCUGCUCGAGCAAUGACUAAAUUAGGCUCUUCGAAAUACUUUGAAGAUGAAGUGGCCUUUCAAGGAGUUUUAAGCAGUGACCCAUCUCAAAAUCCUGAAUUCUUUAACUGGAACAGAGUUAAGAUACGGUACUGUGAUGGUGCUUCUUUUGCUGGACACCCUGAAGCUGAAUUCAAGAACGAGACACGGCUUUUCUUCCGGGGCCAGCUCAUUUGGGAGGCAAUUAUGGAUGAACUGUUGUCGAUGGGCAUGUCAGAUGCCAAACAGGCUAUACUUACAGGAUGUUCUGCUGGUGGCUUGGCAACUCUUAUACAUUGUGACUACUUUCGAGAUCAUCUGCCAAAAGAUGCAGCUGUCAAAUGUGUUUCUGAUGGAGGCUUCUUUCUCAACGUGCCUGAUGUCCUUGGAAACCCUACAAUGAGAUCUUUCUAUCAUGAUGUUGUUAACCUGCAGGGCGUAAAUAAGAGCUUGGAUCGGAGUUGUGUAGUCAAAACGGAGCCAUCCAAGUGUAUGUUUCCGCAAGAAUUCCUUAACAACAUAAGAACCCCAGUAUUUCUUGUCAACGCAGCCUACGAUUUUUGGCAGGUUAGAGUUACCAAGCCAAGCAGGAGAACUUUCGACCUGUUUCCGUUUGAUUCAUGUAUGAUGUUGUACUUAUACAUAGCCACAUUUCAGAUUCAAAAUGUCUUGGUACCAGCUUCAGCUGAUCCAGAUAGAAGUUGGGCAAAGUGCAGACUUAAUAUUAAGGAAUGUGAUGCCGCACAGAUGAAAGUUCUACAUGGUUUUCGCAGCUCUCUGAUGGAUGCGAUUGGGAAAUUUCAUCAGAACAAAGUUGGUGGGAUGUUCAUAGAUUCCUGCUUUUCUCAUUGCCAGACAUUUAUGUCAAUGACUUGGCAUUCCCCAACCUCAACAAGAAUCGAAAAUAAGACAAUUGCGGAGUCUGUAGGUGACUGGUACUUCAACCGAAAACCAGUGAAGCUAAUCGAUUGUCCUUACCCGUGCAAUCCCUCUUGUUACAACUUGAAUUUCACCUGAAGUUUGCCUUCUAUCCUCCUCCAUCAAUUCCACUGCUUCUGGAUUUUCUUUUUUUCGGUUCUCCGGAAGCUUCUUCAUCCAAGCGAGCAGCCAUUUCCUCAAAAUUCUCAGUUCGAUUGAGUCCUAAAAGGAUUUAAUGUUCUUGAAGCUGGAGAUAUCAAAGGGGUAUUCACCUGCUAUGUAUUCUAAUGUAGUUGAUUGACUAUGCACCACGAGAGAAUUUGUUACAAAACUAAAGCAACACAAUUCACACAUUAUGCAAUGUAUAUACUGAUCGUAAUGUAUUUGAAACGAGGUCAAUUGUUUUUUUAAAA